UGACUCCCCCUCUUCUGACGGGACACUUAUAAGGGAAGUUUGAUAAGUUGGGCUCAGUUUCCCGUCCGUUCUCAAACUUGGAUGUGGACCUCUCUGGAGAGAGAUUUCCAGUUGACAUCACGGAAAGAGCCCCAGCGGGCUCCCUCUUUUCCUCUUUGUAACUUUCCAGCCGAGUUACCCGGACGAUGGGCGACUGGAGCGCUCUGGGUCGUUUGCUGGACAAGGUCCAGGCUUAUUCCACCGCCGGGGGGAAGGUCUGGCUCUCCGUCCUCUUCAUCUUCCGAAUCCUGGUCCUGGGCACGGCGGUGGAGUCGGCCUGGGGGGACGAGCAGUCGGCCUUCAAAUGCAACACCCAACAACCGGGUUGCGAGAACGUCUGCUACGACAAGUCCUUCCCCAUCUCCCACGUGCGAUUCUGGGUCCUGCAGAUUAUCUUCGUGUCCACCCCGACGCUGCUGUACCUGGCUCACGUCUUCUACCUGAACCGCAAGGAGCAGAAACUGAACCGCAAGGAGGAAGCGCUGAAGGUGGUGCAAAACGACGGCGGCGACGUCGACCUGCCGCUGAAGAAAAUCGAAAUGAAAAAGCUCAAGCACGGCAUCGACGAGCACGGCAAAGUCAAGAUGAAGGGGGCGCUGCUGCGCACCUACGUGGUCAGCAUUUUUUUCAAGUCCAUGUUCGAAGUGGGCUUCCUGGUGAUCCAGUGGUACAUGUACGGCUUCAGCCUGGCGGCGGUCUACACCUGCGAGAGGGUCCCGUGCCCGCACAGGGUGGACUGUUUCCUGUCCCGCCCCACCGAGAAGACCGUCUUCAUCAUCUUCAUGCUGGUGGUCUCCCUGGUGUCGCUGCUGCUCAACGUCAUCGAGCUCUUCUACGUCUUCUUCAAGAGGAUCAAAGAUCGGGUCAAGGGCCAGCAGCGGCCCACGCUCUACGCCAGCGGGGGCACUUUGAGCCCCACCCCCAAGGAACUCUCCACCACCAAGUACGCGUACUACAACGGCUGCUCUUCGCCCAGCGCCCCGCUCUCGCCCAUGUCCCCCCCGGGUUACAAGUUGGCCACGGGAGACAGGGGCACCGGCUCCUGUCGCAAUUUCAACAAACAGGCCCACGAGCAGAACUGGGCCAACUACUCGACGGAGCACAGCCGCCUCGGCCAGCUCGGAACGGGAACGGGAACGGGGGGAGGCGGCGGCGGCGGCGGGGGCAGCACCAUCUCAAACUCCCACGCGCAAGCCUUCGACUUCCCCGACGACCCCCCCCACGAGCACAAGAAACUGUCCUCUCACGCCGGGCACGAGAUGCAACCUCUGCCGCUGAUGGACGCCAGGCCCUGCAGUCGGGCCAGCAGCCGCAUGAGCAGCAGGGCCAGGCCGGACGACCUGGACGUGUAAACCCGACCAUCGGGGAAAACGCGCUCGCUGUUUUUUUUUGGGGGGGGGUCUUCCAGACUCUUAGUUCAGCGAGAGACGUGAUAACUUGUGAUAACUCCGUUGACACUGUCAAAAGGUACACAUUUCUCCUCGGUUUUGACGACUCUCCAUUUAGCUUCCUUCCACCGACCCGAGCCCGCCCCGUAGAAGUGGGCCCAAAGGCGGCCGCGCUCACCAGAUCCAGCAGGACGGGUUCUGGUUCCUGCCUUGGUUGGAACUCGCUCGCCGGGCUAGCGGCGUGUCACAAAGUUCAAGCGAGACCGUUUGCUUGACUUCAGGCCUCGUUUGCCAACGGCGCACGCCGAGGCCGUUAAAAGUUCAAAUAUGGACAUUUAAAAAAAAAAAAAAAUCCCACCGCCGCCGCCAAUGGGCCGCCGGGUCUUUCCAAAACGAGGUUUCGGGGGAGCUUGCUUUGGAAAGAAACCGCUCCCA